AUGGUUUUCAAGCCUUUCAAGCCUCCGCUAAUGAGGAGCAAUGUGUCAAAUCCAAUCGAGAUCACCGAUGAGCCUACCCGUCCUGUCAAAAAGCCUCGCCUCGACGAAGAGCCUGCUCCGGCCGCGCAGUCGACACCGCUAGCCAAUCGAAAACCACUACUACAAGUCAGCAAUCGUGGAGCAGACACGAAGCAAGAGACAUCUGAUGCACAGCCUAAAGAUGACAAGCCGGACGAAAAAUACUUCAAUGUUCUCUGGCGCAAACCGACGGCCAAAAAACACAAAACCUGGGAUGGUGAUGGGAUCAUCUCAGUCCGCAGAGGGAACGUCUUCCUACGAGAUGCCACCGGCAAAGAGAUGGGGCGCAGGGUGCACGAGACCCCCGUCGAGCCUGGGGUAUCUUUCUCGAUCUCCGGUAAAGAAGUCGAGGUGGAAUCCGAGAUAACCCGCGAAGAAUACUACUCUGGCAGGAGAUUCCUGGAACCUCCGAAACCAGCUACACCGGAUCCAACUCCUGCGAAGAAAGAGUUGCCUGCUCGAAAGAAGGGCGAAGCGCCAAAACCGACCGCAGCUGAGCGGACAGCAUCGCUCAAGCGUUCGAUCGCGCUAGUCACCAAUCCGGAUGCCAACCCUGGCAAUGCACCCGGUGCAUUCGCGGCGCGCCUGGGAAGGUUGUCCCACGACAUGAUCCGAAAGCACCAGGUGCAUUGGUUAUGCCGCGACCGAAGUCUGUGCCGAAGGGAAGACAGGUGGUCGAUGUUGUGGUUGACCCGUUUCUGA